AUGCCACCCAAGAAAGUAGCUAUAAUCGGUGCCGGCCCUUCAGGCCUUGUAACAGCCAAAACCCUCCUCCAUAUUUUCCCUCGCGGCACAUUCUCUCCAAUCAUAUUCGACACCCAGCGCGGAGUCGGCGGUCUGUGGCGAACAUCUCCUAAUAGGGCUGAUGAUCCACGGGUGACACUCGACCCUCGAAUGCGGACGAAUCUUAGCCGCUUCACGGUUGCUUUCUCCGAUCUUGACUGGGAGUCGGUCAUUCCUGAUGCCGAGGUUCCGACUUUUCCUCGCGCAGAGCAGGUUGCGGCGUACCUAGAUGCGUAUGCACAGCGGUACAUCCCGGUCGAGGUGCUAAGAUUUGGGUGUAAAGUUGUUGGGACUGUGAGGAGGAUUGAGGGGGAUGAUGUGAAGUGGGGUGUGCGGUGGAUUAGGGAGAGGGAGAGUGUGCAAGAAAUGCAGUCGGGAGAUGGUGCACUACAUGAGGAGGAAUCUGAGGAUUUCGACAUGGUUGUCGUCGCUUCCGGGUACUUUGCUCAGAAGUAUACUCCGGAUAUACCAGGACUAGGAGAAUUUCCCGGCCCAGUCAUCCACAGUUCUUCUCUCUGUCAUGAGCGAGAGAAUUUACUUCCUGUCCAAGACCGAGACGUGACAGCCAGAAUCGUCGUCAUCGGCGGUAGCAUGUCAGGCGUCGAGGCCGCCACUGCCGUUGCUCUCCACCAGUCUUCAUCCAUACUCUCCACAAACAGAAUCCCCAGUGCCAAGGAUAUAAAAGUGGACCAUAUACACUCCAGACCCUUCUGGGCUCUCCCAACCUACCUCCCCCAUGAAUCUUCAGGAACCCCAGCCUUCAUACCCCUGGACUUGGCCAUGUACGAUCUAUGUCGCAGACCCGCCGGCCCGAUAGAAUACGCCCUGGGCCCAAUUCCGCCAGAAAAGGCAACCAAGACAAACAGCUACUUCCAUUCAAUACUAGGAGACGAAUACGAGCAACACGCACACCGAUAUUCCCCUUCCUUGUCUAGCGCGAAACAGCCAUGGGUCGCCAUAGGCGACGAUUACGCCGAGUUCAUCCGCUCCGGAAUGAUCCAGACAUCCAUGGGCCGGGUGACCUCUGUGCAUUCUAACCGUGAUACCGGACUAGCUUCUGUGCUAUGCGACGGGUCUGACGGGUGCAAGACGAUAGACAACGUGGCGGCGAUCGUUAUGGCGACUGGUUUCACGCCGUAUAGAUCAUUAUCAUUUUUACCAGAUGAAGUACUAGAUACACUUGAAUAUUCCGAGACCGAUCCCUUUUCCCCGUUGAUCCUUGAUCAAGGAUGUACCGUGCGCUCGGAGAUUGUGGAUCUCGGGUUCGUGGGGUUCUAUCGUGGUCCGUAUUGGGGUGUUAUGGAGAUGCAAGCUAGAUAUCUCGGGAAACUAUGGUCUGGGCCUUGUGCUGUUAGUGAAACAAAGCAGAAGCAGGCUCUCCGCGAGGUCAGGCUCGCAGACCCAAAUCUCGCACGCGGCCAGUUUCCUAUGGGCGACUAUGUCGGAUUGAUGGAGUCGUUUGCGGACGACCUUGGGAUCACUCGAUUGUCGCUGGAUGCAGAUGCUCGGUACGGGCCUGCUGUUCCCGCGCGGUAUGUCUAUGGUGGUGUGCACAGUCCCGGAGGACAAGGUAGCCUACUGGCUAAGAACGAUGCGGUUGGGAGGACGCUGGAUGCAUUGCGCGACGCUCUUACCGCCGGCCACGAGACAGCGCAGCAGGGCGCUGCGUCUGCGGUCUUUCGGGCCCUGCAUGGGUCUUGGAAGCAGAUAUCAAGUGCUGGAGGGGAAGAGUCAACCGGGACACUAUCCUUUCAUCCGCGGUACGCAACUAGCCCGGCGUAUGACAGAGAAUAUGUAUGUGUACAGACAUCGGCUGGAGAGCAACGUCAAGAGAAAGUUCGGUUUAUCAUGCGCUUAGCGGAGACGGUCAGCGAGACUGCCUCUGCUUGGAUUACCAUCUGGUCUUCUGGGUUGACGGGUACGCUGUCGGCUGGUCGGGUUACGCAGUCUUGGGAGUUGGGCCCGUUACGUCAUGAAAUGAGAGAAGGGGAGUCUGUUCUUGGGGAGUAUGUGGUCUCUGCCAAGGCUUUUGACUUGGAUUCUGGUCAUGAGGUUCUGUAUACCUUCCAUUUCCAGGGGGUUUCAGUUCUGUCUUGGACGUGUGUUGAGCUUGAGGGAGAAACGAGGACGGUGGCUUCUUGUUCCUUUGUUAGAGAAGAUACCCAUCUGGACAUGGACGGUCCAUGA